CAUGAGAUCCGUCGAAGACCAAGUUGUGGAGGAUGAAGGAACGCUAGGGUUUCAGGAUGACGAGGAAUCAUUUUUCCAAGACAUUGACCUUUUACAAAAACAUGGCAUCAAUAUGGCUGACAUCAAAAAACUAAAGUCAGUGGGGAUCUGCACAGUGAAAGGCAUACAGAUGACCACACGCCGAGCUCUCUGCAACAUCAAAGGUCUCUCUGAAGCUAAAGUUGACAAAAUCAAAGAGGCUGCUGGGAAACUGCUGGCUAACGGCUUUUUGACCGCGUUGGAGUACAGCGAGAAGAGGAAGCAGGUGUUCCACAUCACCACAGGGAGCCUGGAGUUUGACAAACUCAUGGGAGGAGGCAUUGAAAGCAUGGCCAUCACUGAGGCAUUUGGCGAGUUUCGAACUGGGAAGACACAGCUCUCACACACACUCUGUGUAACGGCGCAGCUACCCGGAGAAGAUGGUUACACAGGGGGCAAAAUCAUUUUCAUUGACACAGAAAACACCUUUCGGCCAGACAGGCUGAAGGAUAUUGCAGACAGAUUUAAUGUGGAUCAUGAAGCCGUGUUGGACAAUGUGCUGUAUGCUAGAGCUUACACCAGUGAACACCAGAUGGAGCUGUUGGACUUUGUGGCAGCCAAGUUUCAUGAGGAAGGGGGCGUCUUCAAGCUAUUGAUCAUUGACUCGAUCAUGGCUCUUUUCCGGGUGGACUUCUCUGGUCGGGGCGAACUUGCAGAGAGACAGCAGAAGCUGGCUCAGAUGCUCUCCAGAUUGCAAAAAAUCUCUGAGGAAUACAAUGUGGCCGUGUUUGUCACCAACCAGAUGACGGCGGAUCCAGGAGCAGGGAUGACGUUCCAGGCUGAUCCCAAGAAGCCCAUUGGAGGACACAUCCUGGCCCACGCCUCCACCACCCGACUUAGCCUGAGGAAAGGACGGGGCGAGAUGAGAAUAGCCAAGGUCUUUGACAGUCCUGAUAUGCCAGAAAAUGAGGCUACGUUUGCAAUUACCGCUGGAGGAAUCGCGGAUGCCAAAGAAUGAGGCAGAGAUACUUGAAGGGUGGAGCAGUCUUGGAGAAAACUGAUGUUCAAUUGUAUGUGACUUUAUUAACUGCAAACACACAGUGUUACAUGAACAGUUUGCUAUUUAUUAUUCUUAUUAUUUAUUAUUUACAACUGUUUAUUUCACAAUGUAUUUAUUAUAUAUUGCCCCAAUGAUUGUGUAUGUGGAUUAUUUUUUAUAAAGUGAGUUGUAAAAUAAACGCAUA